CGGCCCCGGCCCCGGCCCCGGCCCCGGCCCCGCGCGAGAGGCGUGUGCGGCUGCACCGUGUGCCGGCUGUUGACACAUGUGGACCAACACUGACGUCCUAUUUCAGCAAUGUUGCUUUGACUCCCUCCUGUUUUCAGAAGCAUCGAGAGAGAUUUCAUACCUAAGCUGCAGUCAUUCAGAUUUCUGACAUCACAUCACUUGACUUGGGGAGAGGCUCCUUCUGCUUCCUCUGAGGUCAAAAGCCAAACUCCAUUGACUUCUGUGAGAGCAGCACCCAUCUCAAUUAGAUAGUUGGAACCUGCUGCUUAACUCCCUUGAGCCACGGCAACAUGGAUUAUUGAGCUAACAUGCAAAAUUCAACACAUUUGGAGAGUUGUGGGGGAAGACGCAGGGAAAGUGAAUCUCAUCUGAACAAGAAAGUGAAGUACAUUUUAAAACUCAUUUAAAACAACCUCAAACCUUAACCUGAACAUGCAGGUUAAAUUAUGAAGCAUCCUCCCCUCAGUAACCCUGGCCUUUGGGUAAGAAGAGCCGCUUUUCGCUAUGCAAGAUGCACAGAUCUUUCUUCUGUAAUCGCUGGAGGAGUCUUCGAUGUAUUCACUUACUGUUAUUUAAGGAGCCUCUACUAGGUGUUUCUGGGUUACUUUUCUGAACAAACAGAAAGAAGUGGUAUUCAAGAUGCUUAUAAAGGAAUAUCGUAUUCCUCUUCCUAUGAGUGUGGAAGAAUAUCGGAUUGCCCAGCUGUACAUGAUACAGAAAAAAAGCAGAGAGGAGACAAGUGGAGAAGGCAGUGGAGUGGAGAUCCUGGAGAACAGACCGUAUAUGGAUGGUCCAGGUGGCAAUGGGCAGUAUACACAUAAAGUAUAUCAUAUUGGUAUGCACAUACCCAGUUGGUUCAGGUCUAUCCUGCCAAAGGCAGCAUUAAGAGUUGAAGAGGAGUCCUGGAAUGCAUAUCCUUACACAAGGACAAGGUACACGUGCCCUUUUGUGGAGAAGUUCUCUAUUGAUAUUGAAACGUACUACAAAGCUGAUCCAGGAGAGCUUUUCAAUGUGUUCAACCUUUCUCCUGCAGAAAAAAGACAGACAACUCUUGAUCCUAUUGAUAUUGUUAAAGACUCUAUCCCUCUACAUGAAUACAAGGCGGAAGAGGAUCCCAAGCUUUAUAAAUCUCUGAAGACAAGAAGAGGGCCACUCUCAGAAGACUGGAUUGAGGAGUACACGAACAACCCUGGGAAAUAUCCGAUCAUGUGUGCAUAUAAACUCUGUAAAGUAGAGUUCCGAUACUGGGGAAUGCAGUCCAAAAUCGAGAGGUUCAUCCAUGACGUUGGCCUGCGGAAGGUGAUGGUCCGGGCACAUCGGCAGGCGUGGUGCUGGCAGGAUGAAUGGUAUGGGCUCACCAUCGAGGACAUCCGACAGCUUGAGAAGGAGGCGCAGCUGAUGCUGGCUCAGAAGAUGGCCCAGUUCUGCUUCAACGAAAAUGAGACGGAGCAGCACAGCAACAAGGACUCUCCAGGCGAGAAGGAUGCUGAAGCCAAGGCCCUUUCCUCUGCUGAUGCAGAGCAUGCCACGGAUAACAGUGAAGCUGGUUCAGGGAGAGGGCUAACUAAGCAGUGGUCCACGUCUUCCAAGUCCUCACGGUCUUCAAAAAAAGGAGCAAGCCCCUCACGCCAUAGUAUCUCCGAGUGGAGGAUGCAGAGCAUUGCCAGAGAUUCUGACGAUAGCUCAGAUGAUGAAUUCUUUGAUGCACAUGAGGAUUUGUCUGACAAUGAAGAACUGUUCCCAAAAGAAAUAACCAAAUGGAGUUCCAAUGAUCUGAUGGAUAAAAUUGAAACUCCUGAGUGCGAUGAUGUCCAGGAUGAUUUGUAUCACGAACCGUCAGCAGAAUACCAUAUUGGCUCCAGCGUGGAAAGGCUGAGCAUAAUUGAAGAUGAAUCUGCACAGCCAUUAAUGCAGCCAAGCAAAAUCCAUGUCCUCAUCUUGGUACUCCAUGGGGGGAACAUCCUGGAUACAGGAAGCGGCGAUCAGAGUUCUAAACAAGGGGACGUCAAUACCAUCACGACAGUGUUUGACACGGUCAUGAGAGUGCAUUACCCAGCUGCUCUUGGACGUAUUGCUAUCAAGCUAGUCCCUUGCCCAGCCAUCUGCUCGGAAGCCUUUUCACUGGUGUCUAACCUCAGCCCUUACAGCUAUGAUGAAGGCUGCCUUUCCAACAGUCAGGAUCACAUUCCUCUCGCUGCCCUUCCUCUGCUAGCCACAUCAUCCCCCCAGUAUCAGGAGGCGGUAGCCACAGUGAUUCUGAGAGCCAAUCAAGCUUACAGUGACUUCAUCAAAUCACAGGAAGGCACAUCGUUCACUGGCCAGGUCUGCUUGGUAGGGGACUGUGUAGGAGGAAUCCUGGGGUUCGAUGCCUUAUGUUAUAGCAAUCAGACUGUGUCUGAGAGCCAAAACAGCAGCCGGCGAGGAAGCGUGGUGAGCGUGCAGGACACCGACCUCUUGUCCCCUGGAAUAGCUGUGAACAACAGUUACUGUUCCACCAGCUCCAAUCUGGAAGCCAGCAGACACCUCAGCCGGAGCAACAUUGAUAUUCCUCGCAGCAAUGGAGAGGAUCCAAAGCGGCAACUGCCACGAAAAAGGAGCGAUUCGUCAACCUAUGAACUAGACACAAUAAAGCAGCAUCAGGCAUUCCUAUCAAGUUUACAUUCUAGUGUGCUGAGAAAUGACCCGGGGUCCAGGAGAUCUAGCAGCUCCACAAUGCUGGAUGGAGGAAACCUUGGGAAGUUUGAAUUUGAGAUCACUGAUUUUUUCCUGUUUGGGUCUCCCUUGGGCUUGGUCCUUGCUCUGAGGAAAACAGUCAUUCCAGCUCUUGACAUCUUUCAGCUCAGACCAGCCUGUCAGCAGGUCUAUAACCUGUUCCAUCCUGCAGACCCCUCUGCCUCUCGCUUAGAGCCUCUCUUGGAAAAGAAAUUCUACCUGUUGCCCCCCUUCAAUAUUCCACGCUACCAGAGGUUCCCGUUGGGCGACGGCAAUUCUGCUCUUUUGGUUGAGACAGUCCAGAACAGCCCCAUCCUCCUCAUGGAAAGCAGCCCAUUGGUUGCUCUCCAGCGCCAGGACAACUUCAUGGAAACCAGUAUCCCUGUUCCUGUUCUGAAUUGGCAAGAUGUUUCCAAUAAAAAUGCUGUUUUUGCUGAGUCAGAUGUUGUUCAGUCUCAUGGUGCCGUCUUCAUGGAAAACGCGUCCCUGUCCACCCCUAUUACAGCCCCUCAGUUCAGGGGGUUCCGGAGAGCCAGUGAGAUCAGCAUUGCCAGCCAGGUCUCAGGAAUGGCAGACAGUUACACUGCUUCCAACAUAGCCAACAAAACCAAAACUCAUCUUAACCAUUGCAAAGGUUUUAGCCUCCUGUCCCUCCUUGCCCUCCCUCACAAAUCCCCUACCCAGACCUCAUCCAAAAGGCAUAGACAGCUCAAACCCGAAAUGCCACAGAGUCCCUUAGGACGAAGGUUUGAGGGGCCGUCGAGUCAGGAUCCAGACUGUGCGCUACAGACCCCCGACCUGGAUCUUGCACAAGUUGCUGCCAAGUGGUGGGGAACAAAAAGAAUAGACUAUGCUCUGUACUGUCCCGAUGCUCUGACAGCCUUUCCGACUGUCGCCUUACCCCACCUCUUCCAUGCCAGCUACUGGGAAUCCACAGAUGUCGUCUCCUUCCUGCUGAGACAGGUGAUGAGACACGAGAACUCGAGCAUCUUGGAGCUGGAUGGAAAGGAGGUCUCGGUGUUCACUCCAUCAAAGCCCAGGGAGAAGUGGCUGCGCAAGAGGACACACGUGAAACUCCGGAAUGUCACAGCCAACCACAGAAUAAAUGAUGCCAUUGUCAACGAAGAUGGGCCCCAGACCUUGACAGGAAGGUUCAUGUAUGGCCCUCUGGACAUGGUCACACUCACUGGGGAAAAGGUGGACAUUCAUAUCAUGACCCAGCCGCCAUCCGGGGAGUGGAUUUAUUUUGACACCGAAAUCAGCAACAGCAGCGGCAGGAUUUCUUACGUUAUCCCUGAGAACAAGCGCUUGGGGAUUGGCGUAUAUCCCAUCAAGAUGGUGGUCAGGGGGGACCACACGUUUGCAGACAGCUAUAUCACAGUUCUGCCCAGGGGGACGGAGUUUGUGGUCUUCAGCAUCGACGGCUCCUUUGCCGCCAGCGUGUCAAUAAUGGGCAGCGACCCCAAAGUCCGAGCGGGAGCGGUUGACGUAGUAAGGCACUGGCAAGACCUUGGCUACCUCAUUAUCUACGUCACAGGGCGACCUGACAUGCAGAAGCAAAGGGUGGUGGCGUGGUUAGCACAGCACAAUUUCCCCCACGGGAUAGUCUCGUUCUGCGAUGGGCUCGUCCAUGACCCGCUGCGGCACAAAGCCAACUUCCUGAAAUCCCUCAUUAUGGACCUCCACAUGAAGAUCCACGCAGCAUAUGGAUCCACUAAGGACAUUUCUGUCUACAGCUCCAUUAAUUUGCCCCCUACGCAUAUAUACAUCGUUGGCCGACCAACCAAGAAGCUACAGAGUCAGUGUCAGUUCAUUACGGAAGGGUACGCGGCCCACCUCGCCCAGCUGGAGUAUAACCACCGCUCCCGGCCGGCCAAGAACACCACCCGAAUGGCCCUGAGGAAAGGCAGCUUCGGUCUCCCCGGCCAGACCGAAUUUCUGCGCAAGAGGAACCACCUGCUCCGCACCAUCUCCUCGCAGCCCGUGGGGGCGAGCGGGGCUGGCCACCGGCCCGAACGCACGCAGAGCCAGUCGGACAGUGACAAGGAGAGGGAGCGGGAGCGCAGCCAAAGAAGCAUGAGCAUUGCCACGGGGUGCUGGGGCCGGAGCGCGGUGAUCAAACUGGAACCUGGCGUUUUGGGUCAGAAGUAGAGCCAGAGGGAAGCCAGCAGCGGUCGGCCACGGCCG